AUGACGGUUGCCGCCGAGAACAAUCAUGUUCAACGCGGCGUCAACUACGACGAGGCCAAGGAGCUAAUCGAUGCAGUCCGAACGUCAAAUUUAACUCCAGGCAAAGAUUGGUAAGUCUUUUAUUAUUUAUUGUUUGAUUUUUAGGUAUUUGAACAAAAGGAGUGGAAUUUUGUCUUUAUUUUGGGGGUUAUGAAUAACAUGGUUAUGUUAUUCAUAAAUAUAGCGUUUUUUGAUAUGGAAAAUUGAUAUAUUCUAACGAGGUUGGAUUUAUUAGAACGGAAAAAGGAUUUAUAAUAUUUGGGAAAAGAAAAAUUUCUUGUUUUGUCACUUGUUUCGAUAGUUAUGAUGCUUUGUUUGCCCAUGAUGGUUAAUAUCUGAUGUUUUUGGAAAUUUGAACCGUUCUAGUCUUAAAAAUAGGUUUGAAUUAGCUAAAUGAAGUUUGUUUUGCAGCAAAAACGUUGUAUUUGUUAAAUAUGAGAUCAUUAUGAUAUUAUUCUGGACGUUGCAAAAGUUAUGGCAUUGUUUUCAGGUAUUUAAUAGACCAGCAUUGGUGGAGCAAUUUGUUACAAAAUUAUGAUGUUUAUACAAAGACACACGACAAGGGACACAUAAAUCCAGGGCCGUUAGACAACAGUGAGCUAGUAGAAAGUAGGUUUUGUGCAUCAAAUUGCUUUAUAUUGUAGUAGGAUGAAAAUUUUUAAAUAUUGUUAUGUUAUCCAGGAAUAUAGCUCCAUUUUAGAUGAUUAUAGGAUGUCUUAAUGUCUUUGACUGUAAAAAGUAUAGAAAUUUGUUUUAGAAGAGCAGAGCACAAGCAAGAUUCGGCUAAAGCAAUCGUUGGUAGAAGAGCUCAAUUACUGCGUCGUUCCGGAACACGUAUUCCAUGUUAUUGAAGCAAAGUUUGGACUAAAGAACGGGCAAGACGAUGUGAUUAAGAGGCCAGUAGUCCAAGGAACUGUAUUACAAAAGGAGGCUUUUGUUGAGGUUUAUCCUCUUCAGCUACAGGUAAAACAUGGGCAUUUUGAUUGAUUUUUAUCAAGUUUCAGUAAUUUUUAGUCUCGCUCUACCAGUUUCAUACCUUUUUUGAAAUUAUUAAAAAGCUCACUUUUAGGUAGCCAAGCUGAACGCAAAAAGCGAUGUGAAACAACUCCUAGUAUCAUACGCAGAUUCCUUUGAAGAGCUAAAGAAGAAAGCCUUCGAUUUACUCGACAUUCCCGAGGACAAGCGAGCUCAAGCUCAGAUCAAGUUUGAGAAGAACAAGAACGAUUACGAGACCAUCAACGAAAAAGUCAGCGGAAAUUUGGCAUCUAUCUUGAGAAUGGACAUGGUAUUCUACGUGGAUGACAACUCGACUAGGGUUACGAGAUCGACGACCAGAAUGGAAGGCCUGAAUGGCACAAUGGCCUCUCCAACCAAGAGGUAUCAAGGCUAUUCGCCAAGGUAAGCGGUUUGAAUUUUUUGUUGGUUUUUAGGUUUGAAAUGGCUGUGAGAAGGGCUGGAUGUGUGGUUCUAGGCCGGAGGGGUGAUAUUCGAUUUGGUAUAGGGAGGAAGGGUUGAUUUCUUUACGAACAUUACCUACGAAAAAUGAAAUUUCAGAUAAUUUUUAGUCAUUUUGUUAAAUUUUUCUUUAAAAACCGGUUGCUUUUAGUACUGUAAAAUUGUAUUUUGUUUCUAAGAUCUAUUAUUCUAAAUGUGUUUUAGAGAUUGCUCAAGAUGGCUAAGAAAAACGUAUUUAAAAAUUUUUUUUUCAAAAAAAAACGAAUUUAAUUUUUUUUAAAUUUUAAAUUUUCAGUGCAUCCUCGUCCUCCUAUCAAGCCGAAACCCACACUGCCGGCCUGUGCGGCCUCCAGAACCUGGGUAACACGUGUUUCAUGAACUCGGCCCUUCAAUGUUUGUCUAACGUGCCCGAACUCACCCAGUACUUUUUGACCGAAAAAUACCUAGAAGAGAUUAACUACGACAAUGUGCUGGGCACGAGAGGGAGACUGGUACAGGCGUACGCGGACUUGAUCAAGGAAAUGUGGUCGGGCAAGAACUCGUCCGUCAAACCGUAUCAGUUCAAGGUAAGCAUCUUGUGUUAGUGUUUGGCUUUGGCAUAAGAUUCGGAUGAUGAUUAAGGUUGUUCGGAAAGGAAUGGCGCGGCUUAAAGUCUACUUUUAAGUUUGAAUCAAUGUAAAAUGUCAAGCUUAAGGACUUAUUUGAGUUAUGCGAUGUUUUAAAAAUUCAUUACUUACUAUAAUAUGCAAAUUUCAGUGCGUAAUAGGCCAACACGCACCCCGCUUCAACGGUUAUGCUCAACAAGACUCGCAAGAGCUAAUGUCUUUCCUCCUCGACGGCCUCCACGAAGAUCUGAAUCGAAUCGUGAAGAAGCCCUACAUUGAGGAACGCGAAUCAGACGGCCGCCCCGACGAAGUCGUAGCCGAAGAAGCGUGGAGCGACUACAAGAAACGCAACGAUUCAGUCAUCGUGGAUCUAAUGCACGGUCAAAUCAAGUCUACCCUGGUCUGUCCGGUCUGCGACAAGGUCAGCAUCAAGUUCGACCCCAUCCUCUACCUCACCGUUCCCGUCCCGCAACGUGAGAAGAACGGCAAAAGCGUGGUCGUGGUCCUAAGGCCGAAAAAGAAGUGGGCCAAGUUCAGUAUCGCCCACACCAACAAGUCCACUUUCGACCAGUUGAGUCGCGCAGUCAAGGAGAAUCUUCAGGUCGAAAAGGAGGAUCGCCUGGUCAUAGCCUCGGGCGGAACCACUCCCGCCGUCUACGACCCAGCCCAACCAAUCCCAGUCAUCACAACCUACUACAACCCAGCCCCACGACAGUUCUUUGCCUACUUUGUGAAGCCCGGACCACUGAUCAUUGUCUCGAAUCUGGUGCAGAACUCGUUCAACAAGAGUGUCACAUUGCCCUUGAUCACCAACUUUGAUUUCAAGCUUACCAGAAGGGAUAUCAUUGAUAAGGUAAGGAAGUUUUAGGGGAAGAGCAAGGGGUUAAGAUAGAAAAAGAUGAAUUUUAGGUAAUAAAAUUAACUUUUAGGUAACAAAAAUGAAUUUUAGGUAAUAAAAGUGCAUUUUAGGUAACAAAAAUUUAUUUUAUUAUAAAAGUGAAGGGUUUGAAAAUUGAAAAGUGAACUUUAGGUAACAAAUUUUUUUGUCAUAUCUUCAAAUUUUUUUCAGGUCCUCCCCCGAAUCCACGAGCACUUCAGCAAAGAAUUCACCACCCCCAAUGUCAGCACAAGCUCAACGGACGAAUCGAAGUUUGGCGGCACUGGAAUCCGCCUGGGGCGAAAUGAAAACUCGGAGGAAGCGGCCGCUUCAAUGUCGGAUACCUUCAACUGCCCACCCGAACUCAGGGAUAUUGUGGUGGAGGUGAACGGUGACACUCUAAAGCUUCCAGAAGACUCGGAUGAAGAGUUGGAACUGGCCAAAGCCAUCAAUUCGUUGCCAAAGGUUGUUCUAAAGUGGGCUCCGACCGAUAGUUAUGCAGCGCCUUCGUAUGCUGAGGUGAGUUUGGAUUUUUAUGGGUUUGGGUAAUAAAAGUAACAAAAAAGUGUAUUUUAGGUAACAAAAAUGGAGUUUUGGGUGCUAAAAUGAAUUUUAUGAAAUUUUAGGUAAUAAAAAAUAAAUUUUAGGGUAAAAUAGCGUUUUAGGUAACAAAAAUUGGAUUUUGGGUUUUAAUCGAAUUUUAAGUAAUAAAAAUCAACGUUAAUUAUGAAAAAAAGAGUUUCAGGAAACAAAAUGACAUUUAAAAUGCAUUUUAGGUAAUAAAAAUAAAUUUUAGGCUAAAAAAUUUUAUUUUAGGUAACAAAUUUUUUAAUUUUCAGACCCUAGUCGACCGCGAACUCAACAUUCAAGCCAGCCAAAAGAGUGGCAACACCCUGAACGAUUGCCUGGACAUGUUCACGGUGAGAGAACAGCUGGACGAGAACGACUCGUGGUACUGCCCAACGUGCAGAGAACACAGACGAGCCUUCAAGAAGCUGGAUCUGUGGAAACUACCCAAGAUUUUGAUUGUCCAUCUGAAGCGCUUCAACUACAGUCGCUACAGUCGAGAGAAGACGGACACGGAAAUCAGCAUUCCUGUCAAGUAGGUGGUCUUUUUGGGGUUUUUGUUGGGGAUUUUGACGUGAUUUUUGGGUUUUUUAGGGCUUUUGGGUUGGUUGCUUUUUGGGGUGUUUUUAAGGUUUUGGGGGACCUUUUGGGGUAUUUAAGGACUUUUCGAGUCUUUUUUUAGAUCUAUUUUGGGUUGAGGGGUACCCAUUGGAACUUGUUUUGCUUUUUGGGGUACUUCUAAGGCUUGUUCUUGGCUUUAGUGAUAUUUUUUGGGACCUUAUUUUUGCUUUUCGUGUACUUCUUUUGGUAUUUUAAGGGCUUUUGUACUAUUUUUGGGGAUCUGUUUUUGUUUUUUGGGUAUUUUUAGGGCUUUUGAAGUACUCUUUGGGAUUGUUUCGGGUUUUAGAGGUACUUUUUGGGGCAUUUUUAGAGCUUUUGGGGUACUUUUUGGGACCUUGUUUGCUUUUACGGAUAGUUUUUGGGAUCUUUUUUGGUUUUAGGGGUACUUGUUGGAACCUGCUUUUCUAUUUGUGUUACUUUUUGGGUUCUUUUUUGCUUUUUGCGGCACUUUUUGGUCUUUUUUUUGUCUUUUGGUGCAUUUUUAGGAGAUUCUGUAAGGGUUUUAGGCUUAAAUCUGCGUUUUUAACAUUUUUUAUUUAGUUUUGUUAAUUUUCAGGAACUUUUGUGCCACCUCCAUCAACCCGAAACAAAAACAGGUCAAGUACGAUCUGAUUGGCGUUUGCAAUCACAUGGGAGGCCUUGGGUCAGGCCACUACACCGCCAGAGCCAUCAACAAAACGUGGGUUUUGUAAUUUCAUAAUGCUGUCUAAAAUGACAUUUUUGACAAUUUUCAUUGAUAUGACACACCUUUUUAACAAAUAUUGUAGAAUUUUAGUUGUUUUAUAGGCUUAAAAUAUUUGAAAAUUUUAAAUUCGAAUUUUAGAACCAACCGUUGGGCCGACUUCAACGACUCCUCGGCCUCACUAUGCGGCGAACUCCACGAUCCGCUGGUGUCGCGUGAAGCCUACUGGAUGGUAUACAGGCAACGGAGCGACUCCUCGUCCACCUCGAACUCGAUCCAAGAACGAACUCAUCAGCCACCGGCUCGACCCAAGCGAUUCACGGAUUCGGAUGCGAUGGAGGAGAGCGACUAG